AUGACCUCUCCCCAGGGCGAACCUUCCGAUCCCAAUCCACCACGAUUCCCUUCGGGUGAAUUUUCGUUUCUGACAGGGGUCGGAUUCACUCCACAAGGGGUGGCCAUUCCUUGCUUUCUUUCUUCCAUGUCUAAGGAAGAAAAGAUCGAGUGCCAUGAAUUCAUGGAACAGAUAACCGAAAGGUUUUUCCACACCCGCUCUGGGAAGAAACCUCUAUCCUUUGAGUGGUGGAAGCCUGAAGUCAAGAAGAUGGAAACUCUGGACCUGAACGACAUCAUCAACUAUUACGAAGAGGAACUUGCCAAAGUUUCCAAGAGAGCUGCUAUUGCUGAAAAAGAGAUUGAGAAACUGCAAUCUUCCAAUCGGCUCGUGCAGGAGACUACUGGCCUUGACUCGACUCGUCAGGAAGAGAUCGAGCGACUCAAAAAAUCUGACCAGGAGACGAGGAAGAUUUUGAUUGAAACUGAGCAGAGGCUAGAGACUGCUCUUGCUGAUAAUAACCUUGCCAUGAGCGAGAUCGAACUCCUGAGAUCAGAGCUUGAUAGGGUCAAAACAGCUGCUGAGGAGCUCGAGCGCAAAAAUCAGUCUCUUUCCGAACUGAAUGAUCGAGAUGUUUGCAAAUUAUCUCACGAUGCUCGGAAAGAGGUCAAAGGAGCCGGGCAAAAGUUUCUUCUUGCUGUGCAGGAAUUUGUCACUACAGAUAAAGCUUGGAACAAACUCAGCUCCGAACGUGAUGAGAUGAAGAGUAAUCUCGAUCAGAUCAAGGAGAUAGAGGAAGGAUCAGUCAAUUUGGCUGAAGAGAAGGAGACAGUGGGCGCUGAGCUCGCUGAGACUGAAGCUAAGCUAGCUAAUGCUCCCCAGCCAUAUUUGGAUUUGCAGCAGUUUGCUUCCGAGUUCGCUGAUUCCCCUCCAUCGACUGAACCAAAUAUUGGUUUGUCUUUGGAUGAAAUGAUGUUAAUCGGUUCUCAUCGUGCUCAUUUCGAUGAGUUUGGAACCAAUGUUGACAAAAUAUCUUUGGAACGAACUCAGGGGUUCUCUAGUAAGGAUUCCGCCACUUCCUCGAUUAUGGAAGAUGACUCCGAACCGAGGAGCGAAACUCCCCAGGAUGCUAGCUCGCUUAUCCCUGAGGUGGUUUUCGAGACUCAAGAUGCUACCGUCGGGGGUGCUCCUGUCUCAAGCCAAGUAGGAGAUGAAAGCGGUUCGCCUAUGAAUGAAUGA